CCUAGUGUCACAACAGCGGAGGCAGCGGUACUGGAGCACUUGGGGCGGGCAGGCCCAGCGGGGAGGCGAGCGGGCGAGGAGAGCGGCCGCUAUGAGGGAAUGCAUAUCAGUCCACGUGGGCCAAGCAGGAGUUCAGAUUGGUAAUGCCUGCUGGGAGCUCUUCUGCCUAGAGCAUGGCAUCCAGGCAGAUGGCACCUUUGGCACUCAGGCCAGCAAGAUCAACGAUGAUGACUCCUUCACCACCUUUUUCAGUGAGACUGGCAAUGGGAAGCAUGUACCCCGGGCUGUCAUGGUAGAUCUGGAGCCAACUGUGGUAGAUGAGGUUCGGGCAGGAACCUACCGUCAGCUCUUCCAUCCUGAGCAGCUGAUCACAGGAAAGGAGGAUGCAGCUAACAACUAUGCCCGGGGUCACUAUACAGUGGGCAAGGAGAGCAUCGAUCUGGUGCUGGACCGCAUACGGAAGCUGACAGAUGCUUGCUCUGGCUUGCAAGGCUUCCUGAUCUUCCACAGUUUUGGUGGAGGCACUGGCUCUGGCUUUACCUCUCUGCUGAUGGAACGUCUCUCCCUUGAUUAUGGCAAGAAGUCCAAGCUAGAGUUUGCUAUCUACCCAGCCCCCCAGGUCUCAACUGCAGUGGUUGAGCCCUACAACUCCAUCCUGACCACCCACACUACACUGGAACAUUCAGAUUGUGCUUUCAUGGUGGAUAAUGAAGCCAUUUAUGACAUCUGCCGCAGGAACCUAGACAUUGAGCGCCCUACUUAUACCAACCUCAACCGCCUCAUCAGCCAGAUUGUGUCCUCAAUCACUGCCUCUCUCCGCUUUGAUGGGGCCCUCAAUGUGGACCUCACUGAAUUCCAGACCAACUUGGUGCCCUACCCCCGCAUCCACUUUCCACUGGUUACCUAUGCUCCCAUCAUCUCUGCUGAGAAAGCAUAUCAUGAACAGCUCUCUGUGGCUGAAAUAACCAGCUCCUGCUUUGAGCCCAACAGCCAGAUGGUGAAGUGCGACCCAAGACAUGGCAAGUACAUGGCCUGCUGCAUGCUCUACCGGGGGGACGUGGUGCCCAAGGAUGUGAACGUCGCUAUUGCUGCCAUCAAGACAAAGAGGACCAUCCAGUUUGUAGACUGGUGCCCCACAGGUUUCAAGGUGGGCAUCAACUACCAGCCUCCCACAGUGGUGCCAGGAGGGGACCUGGCCAAAGUCCAGAGGGCUGUCUGCAUGUUGAGUAACACCACGGCAAUUGCAGAGGCUUGGGCCCGCCUUGACCAUAAAUUCGACCUAAUGUAUGCCAAGCGGGCCUUUGUACAUUGGUAUGUUGGAGAGGGGAUGGAAGAAGGAGAAUUUUCCGAGGCCAGGGAGGAUCUGGCUGCCCUGGAGAAGGAUUAUGAAGAAGUGGGGACUGAUUCAUUUGAAGAAGAAAAUGAAGGGGAGGAAUUUUAAAUAUACAACCUCUCCCUUG